ACUUUGCAUGAUGACAAAGGAAACAGCAUAAGUUUUAAACAGUACAAGGGAAGGAGGUUUCAUCCGGAAAUGGUAGGAAAUAUUGGAGAGACUCUUGAUAAAAUAUCAACAUUAAACUUUCGAGAUGGUGAUGUGCUUGUUUGCUCCUAUCCUAAAUCAGGCUGCCACUGGGUAUACAACAUGAUCCAUAUGAUUCGACACAAAUCCCUCGAGUACUUUGGAUCCCCGUUUCUACUCGAGUUUGACGAUUUGACACAGAUGAAUGAAUUUCACACGACUGGAAUUUAUGCUACACAUUUGGCUUAUCCAUUCAUUCCAGAACGUGCCAAGCAGGGUGACGUCAAAUUGGUCAAUAUUCUGAGAAAUCCAAAGGACGUGUUCUGUUCGCUGUAUGAAUACCAAUCGAAUCUUCAGAACAGAUUAUUUAAAGGCGACUUCGAAGGAUGUCUUCAAUAUUUCCUGUCAGAUGGAAGUGUCUCCUUGACAACCGACCUAAUAUUACCCUGGCUGAUGGAGUUGUGUGUCUCGGGUUCCAACCGCGUGUUUCGUAAGAGCGGCUUAACAUGGCAUUUAAUCUGAUGAAUUGUACAAAUAUAACAGCAAUAUGGUCUCUCUAUUACAAAAUGAGAGUUAG